AUGCGGACGGUCAUCUGGACGACGCCCAAGGCCACGCAUGCACGGCGGCGGCCUCACGCUGCUGCGACCGCCCACGCGCACGGGCCCGGGACGCUGCGGGCGCGGACACACGGGCCGCAGGAGCCUCAGGGAAACGACGCACAGAACGCAUCAGCUCGGCGCCGCAGGCAGGGUGGCGGGGCGUGCGCCAUGCUGUGCGUUCUGGACGGGCACGUCGAAGGCCUUCCGCCCUCUGGGGGGAUAGCUCCACUUCCUUCCAUAGCGAGGAAGCCAGGGCGAAGCUGGGGAACCGUGUGGGCACCCGCAUCCGGAAGGCGGGCCAUGCUUCGUGCAGGGAGGGAGAACUGCGCGGAUGCUGAUCAUGUUGAGCUUUUUCUGUCCGGGCGUGGGAUCGCAUGCGCCAUGGGUUGCUUCCCGCAAGCCGCAGGCCCGCCUACGGAUUCCAGGCACAAGCACAAAUGCAGUGCGUACCGGCUCUGUACGCUGAUCACGCCGCCUAUUCUGGGGCAGGAGCCCAGAACAACACCAAGCAGCCCCGGAUACCACGCCGGUCGCCCCCCGACCUGUCCAGGGUCGCGAUCUGGAUCCCUGCACCGUGCGCACGGGCUCCCACACACCCAAUCGAUGGUGAUCUUCUCCAGAGUGCCGCGUGUGCGACCUGCGCCACCCGAUGCGGAGAUAGGAGCGCAGAAGGACGUGCGUGGGGCGGUCUUGGUUUUCCUGGGGAGCGCGGGAGGCGGGGGGGACCCUGGGAGCGCCGCGGAGUGUUAUCUGCGGGGUGCGGAGGUGCUGAGAGUUACGGCGCCGUCGCGGCAGUGGCGCUGGGGCGUUCCUGCCGGCUCUGUGAACGGAAGCGUGCGGUGGCUGCAGCGGCAUGGGGGGCGAGGGUCAGGUGGGGAGGUGUAUGUGCUAUGA